UGCUGGACAUUUUGUAAGGCAGGAGGAGAGCAAGUUUGGAAACAAUGGCUCUGUUUCAGCAACUGCCAUUUUUCAACCCUACUGUCACAUUCAGCAGACCGAUCCAUGGAGGAUUGUUGGAUGGCAUGAUUGUUACUGUAUGUGGACGAGUUUCACCACAUUCCAGCAGAUUCCAGGUGGACCUCAUGCACGGGUCUGAUAUUGUUCUGCACUUUAACCCUCGCUAUGCGGGAGGAUCUGAAUACGUUGUGCACAACACCUGCCAGUAUGGUCACUGGGGCUCAGAGGAACGCAAGUAUGAAACUCCCUUCCCGAGAGGCCAGAUGUUUGCUCUGCAGAUCCUCGUCACCCAGGAAACGUACAAGAUAAGUACCAAUGGGAAACCCUUCUCCGAGUACAAGCACCGUAUGCCAUUCUCCCACGUGGACAGCAUCUGCAUUGGUGGAAUGGUGGAACUGAGUUUAGUUGCUUUCCAGUAUCCUGUGGUGAGAAAAAAAAGUACUUUACCACUUCACCACUAUUAGGUAUAUACCAAUAUCAGUGUGUAUUUGUUCUUAUUUUGAUAUAUAUCAAGGUUCUUUAUUGAUCUUG